AUGUCUCACGAAUCCGUCUGGAACUCGCGCCCAAAGAAGUACGGCAAGGGCGCCCGGUCUUGCCGUGUCUGCGCUCACCGCGCCGGUCUGAUCCGCAAGUACGGUCUCGACAUCUGCCGUCAGUGCUUCCGGGAGAAGGCUGCCGACAUUGGCUUCGUCAAGGUAAGGACAGCAAGCCGAGGAAGUGACAAGAGAUGGAAACAACGAUGCACGUGUACUGAUGGUUCGGACAGCACCGGUAAAUGCAACAAAAUCGAAAGCAACCAAAAACCCCGCGCACGCCCUUCUUUACCUAGGCGAUCCCGAAAACGAGCAAUGGCGAAGGGGGAGUUUUUAUAG